UUGUAUCUGAGCUAUGGACACACGCAGCAAUCCUCUCUCUUACACGCUCCGUUUCACCAAACGGAAUAGAUUUAAUAUGUUUUAAACAUAAAUUAUUUAGUAGGCGGAUUCUUAUCAGUGUCACGACAGAGAUAUUUCCUGCCUCACUGUUUCUUACAUCACCCCUUCUGUCUGGCUUUUCCUCAGAAUUCAACAGGAAGCUCUGUACAGACUGAGACUGCUGGAUCCUCCAGUGUUUUACAGCCCUCUCUGCACUGACUAUUGGUAUAAGAAGAGAGACUGCUGCCUGAGGCCUGGGUACAGGGAGGCUAGGAUCCUAACACUGCCACACAAGCAGCUCCACAGUAAUGUCAGCCUCCCUCCUGGACGCUGAUCCCAUCUAUGCCACGGUGGACCACACUGCCAAGGCUGAGGCCAGGGAGUCGACAUUGGCUGUGGCUGUCCCUCCAGUCAGGCUGAAGCCUCCGGGGGACCUGAAGUUGACCCAGAGCCUCUCCAAGCCGGACUCAGACCUGUUGGUGUCUCCCCUGGGUGAGGAGGAUGGGGGUCUGAACAGCUGCUGUGAGUCUGUGGCUAACUGCAGUUCUGGGAACAAACAGAUGGAGAGAUCGCCCUCCUUCGCCUCCGAGUGGGAUGAGAUUGAGAAGCUCAUGAACCUGAUUGGAGCAGGCAUCGAGUCAUCCAAUGACCAGCAGCGCACCACAGAUGGGGCCUGCAGCAAAGCCCUGGACCAGCCUGUGGGAGAGUGGCUGGAGCAUGUGGGGCUGCCGCAGUACGAGAGCAAGCUGCUGCUUAAUGGCUUUGACGACCUACGCUACAUGGGCAGUAACGUGAUGGAGGACUUGGACCUUAGAGAUAUGGGAAUCACUGACCCUGGACACAGAAAGAAGAUCCUCCACGCAGCACGCAGCUUGCCCAAGGUGAAGGCCCUGGGCUGUGAUGGCAGCACCUCUCUCUCCACCUGGUUGGAUGUGCUAGGUCUGCAGGAGUACCUGCCUAACUUCCUGUCUAGCGGCUACCGUACCUUGGACUGUGUGAAGAACCUAUGGGAAUUGGAGAUUGUCAACGUGUUGAAAAUCGGCGUUCUGGGCCACAGGAAGAGGAUCAUAGCGUCUCUGGCAGAGCGGCCCUAUGAGGAGGCCCCGACCAAAUCACAGAUCUCUCACCGUCUCUCACAGAUCAGGUUUCAGGACUUGUUGUCCCAGACAGGGACCUCUGCUCUGAGUCAGAUGGACCCGUCCACCAGUCGCUCCAUGGACAUGCUCCUGCCCCUGGGAGAGGCAGGCAGGAGGAGGAGAGCCAUGGACCAGGACUGCAGUGUGUCCCUGCGCUCCUACAGCGAGAGACCACGCUCUCAUGACAGACAGAGUGACAGACAUAGGGAACCCAGUUUGACCCUUCGGCCGCCUAGCCAGUCUGCCACAUACGCUACAGUGUCCGCUUGGCAUCACCAGCCUGAGAAACUCAUCUUAGAGUCCUGUGGGUAUGAGGCCAGUUAUUUAGGAUCAAUGAUUAUCAGGGAUCUACGGGGGAUUGAGUCAACUCAAGAAGCCUGUGCCAAAAUUAGGAAGUCGAAGGACCAUUCAAGAAAGGGUCCUGUUGUCAUCCUUUCCAUCACCUAUAAAGGGGUCAAGUUUAUCGACGCAGCCACUAAGACCAUAGUAGCCGAGCAUGAGAUCAGGAACAUCUCCUGUGCGGCCCAGGACCCUGAGGAACUCUGUACCUUCGCCUACAUCACCAAGGACAAUAAAAGUGGCCACCACUUCUGCCAUGUCUUCAGCACUGUAGAAGUGACCCAGACCUAUGAGAUCAUCCUGACGCUGGGUCAGGCCUUUGAGGUGGCCUAUCAGCUGGCUCUCCAGACCAAAGCCAGGCAGUAUGUCCCAGUCCCCCCACCAUCUCUGGGGUCAGAGGUCAUUGAGACCAAAUCCAGCCGGCCUACAUCACAGCAAUGGAGCAGCAUGAGGAGAUCAACAAUUGACCCUCUGGAGAUGGACACAGACAUGCAGUCCCUGGGCAGCACCACCUGGCUCUUCAACCAGAGAGACUCCAACAAGCGCCCUGUCAGCACCAAGUACGAGACCACCAUAUUCUGAGACUGGAUCACCUGCCCCAUCCUCACCUCGCACUAGCACCCAGUUUGACCCCUGACCUCUACCGCCCUCUCUCUCUCUCACGAGCCCUGUGCCUUCUCACUGUGAUGGUAGCAUCCCUCAGGGCUGCCCCCUCUCCUUUGCCCUGCCCUACACAAACCUCACCCUGCUCUGACAUCACACAUCCCUGCAGCUCUCUCCUGUUCCUCACCCCUUGGCAGACCCUGCUCCUCCUGCAGCCACUGAUGGAGCCCCUUGACUUGUGGAUGGACCUGAACUGAACCUACAAUGGCCCUGCUCUCUCAACCGAUCUGCCUCCUCCUCCUCCCAACUACUUGCAUUUGCAUCCACCCCCUAUUAGGUUUAUCAUCAUUGAAGACAUUGUGGAUUUUUGUUCUCUUCCUGUCAUGCCAUUAUUUUCCAAGUGACUCCCUUCGGUCAAAACAAGCAUGACUUUUUUUCUAUUCAGCUAUCUGUUGAAUUUUUACCUGAUAGUAACAUGAUAAGCAUUGGCUGUACUGCCAAUGUGAACAAGAAAAGAACAAUCCUUCACAAGUACCUCUUUUUAUCUAACGCCAAAGGAGUACUAUUCUUGUGAUAUUAUCAACUUACCGUUUUGGUCCCAUAUAGAGUGGAACAAAGAACAAUAUCAUGUCCCAAACAACCUCCUCAGCCAUAAACAACAGUUUACUCCCUUCCCAAAAGGAUUAACAAUUUUGUCUUUUUAAUACCAUGUUUAUUUUUGUAUUUCACUUGUUUUUCGCUAAAGGCAAGUUCAAUAUUUUUCUUUUCCUAUCUGUAGCUUGUCCUGUCUUGCCAGGCAUCUACCACUGUGAGGCGCUGUGAGGAGACACAUCACCUGGGAUGCAUGAAAGACAAAAAAAAACUAUUUUUUCUACGCAUUUUUUUUUAUCAUACAUUGAUGGAUCAUCAAGGAAUCUUCCCUUUCCAUUCAAAAUGGAUCAAGAACUGAACCUCAAAUUCCUGUGUGCUCUUCUUGUACACAAAUGGGAGGACAACUUCAUCAUCAAUCUGCCAAGAUCAGUAGCCUUAAUUACUUCAAUCUGGCCAUCUAUCAGUUUAUCUAAAUGUAGUCAAUUGAGCAUCUCUUGCCACCAUCACACACUCUCCACACCUGCUAACUGCUACAUGCGUCUUCCAUGGUUAAAAAGACUAACAGUACUUUUGAGUUGACAACACAUGAACACUUUGGCUGAGCUGCAAGGAAGUUGUUGUAAUGGUACAGGUUUGUCCAGAUAAUACUGUCUAUAAUGCUCUGUAGCUUCACAGUGUGCAUGGUGCCUCACCAGUCAUUUUAUUACCAAGAGAGACAAUCAACAGAGACUGUUUGGCUCAUCAGAGAACACUGUGUUAAAACAUGGCACUAUCCCUUAAAAAAUGUAUUGUUUUAAAAUGGAUAUGGUUGGUUUCUUUAAUAAGAUAUGCUUUUAAGACCAGGGCUUCCUGGAAUAUAUUUAGUGAAAGAAACCAAGGGAAGCAAGACCACAAUAAUAUCGGCAUAGUAAAUAAUUUAAGUGCAAAUGUAUGAGAAAUGACCAAAACAGCAUGGUCAUGAAGGUCACGGUUGGGUAUUUCCAAGGAAUUUGAGGGCAAUAAUUGAAUUUGCCAAUUCCUGGUGAAGGAUGCAAGAUAUUCCUAAUAACAUUGUUUUAAUUUUAGACAAUUUAUGAGGCAAGGCACAUUUGUGUUGCUGGACUCCUUAUGUUGCAUCUUAUCAAGAUUACAUGGAUUGUAAUCCAUGCAAUGGCACAUAGGUUCAGCAUGAGGUACAGUAUGUUUAAACAACUUAGUCACAAAAACAUUAGCGACAGUGCCAAAGAUUCAGGCUUACUCAUGGAACUUUACAUUUGAGGGAUCAAAAUGUAAUUAGAUAUGCUUUCAUUGUGCAAAUAGCUUUUGGUUGAAAAUAUCUGUGAAACUGCAUUCUUGUUUUUCCUUUCACAGGGAUUUAUACCGCAGAUCUAGUUAUCUACACUAUAUAUACAAAAUAUGUGGACACCCCUUAUAAUUAGUGGAUUCGGCUAUUUCAGCCACACCCGUUACUAACAGGUGUAAAAUUGAGCAUACAGCCACGCAAUCUCCAUAGACAAACAUUGGCAGUAGAAUGGCCUUACUAAAGAGGUCAGUGACUUUCAAUGUGGCACCAUCACACUGUAGGAUGCCACCUUUCCACCAUGUCAGUUCGUCAAAUUUCUG